CUCCAAUUCAAGCAUGCUUGCUGGAUGCUCAUAGCGGCUGUCAGACCGGAUCACCGCCACGUUACCGUCGGUGUGAGCUGACCUUGGCUGCCUCCUAGGGUUUUAAAUAUUUGAUUCCCAAUACCUGCGCUAUAACACAUCUCCAUGGCUUCCUCGAGCGAAACAGACAAAUGCGUUCUGCAUAGAGGUAGAUCUCAAAGUGACCCGAACAUCCUCAUUGAGUCUGGCAUCGAUUCGGCGCACGGCACAGACGUGAUGGAGCCAGAGAGGGUGUUACGCUCCAGCUGCCUGGUGAGCGGAGUGCACACUCCCCCCAUCCGCCACCACAGCAAGCUGGCCACGCUGGGUCGGCUCUUCCGUCCAUGGAAGUGGAGGAAAAAGAAACACGAGAAGAUGAAGCAGAGCUCCACAGACGUGGCGCUGGCCUGUGGCUUCCACUCUCCAGAUCCCAGCUCCCCCAUUCAGGGAAUUCCGGAUGCUGACCUCCGGCUGCCGGGCUCCCAGGGGCCCAUCCUGAGCAUCAGCAGUAUGGAGUACCUCAGCUCGGAGCACGACCAUCUCGCUAUUGUUGCAGAUCCCUUGGAAGACGGUGAGAUGACAGAAGAGCCUAUUAGAAACGAGGUAGAGGAAGAGGAGGAGGCCGAAGCCACUUCAGUAGCUGACGCUGAGGCUUUGAAUGCUAAUGUGGAGGAGAGAGAAGAAGAUGAAAAAGAGACAGUCUCUCAAAGACAGUCUCCUCCGAGCAACCGCAGCGUUCUAGUCUCUCAGCUUUGCACUGAGGAAGACCCAGGCAAAGUCGCCAACACAACUGUGCCUCAGCCCAACUCCUUCCUCCCUAAAGAGAUGCCUCGAGUCUUGGAGGGCCCCAGUCCUGUGGUGCUGCGAGGACCUUUCUCAAAUCCCAUGAGCUCACCACAUAUAGGCUCCAUGCAUCCUCCGCUGCCCCCUAGCUGUAUUAUUGAGGAACUGCACCGUGCCCUGGCAACAAAGCUCCGGCAGGACAGUACAGAGCGAGAACCCAGCGGAGAGAUGGAGAACAGGAAGGAGGCAGAGGAGAACAAGGAGAAUGUGAGACAGAGCCACUGUUUCACUGACGCCUCAGGAAUCAUAUACGACAUGGACAGCUGGAACGAGUCCGUCAUCUCCGGCACGUUGCCACGACGAAUGCGAAAGGAGCUGCUGGCCGUGAAGCUGAGGAAUCGGCCCAGCAAGCAGGAACUGGAGGACAGGAACAUCUUCCCCGCACGUAGCGACCAGGAGAGACAAGAGAUCCGUCAGCAAAUCGAAACGAAGCUCGCCAAGAGACUCAGUCAGCGGCCGGCCGUUGAGGAGUUGGAAAGCAGAAAUAUCUUAAAGCAGCGGAAUGACCAGACUGAGCAAGAGGAAAGGAGAGAAAUAAAACAGAGGCUGAACAAAAAGCUCAACCAGAGGCCAACAGUUGACGAACUUAGAGAGAGAAAGAUCCUGAUUCGCUUUAGUGACUAUGUCGAGGUGGCUAAAGCACAGGAUUAUGACAGGAGAGCUGACAAACCAUGGACCAGGCUGUCUGCAGCUGACAAGGCAGCCAUCCGAAAAGAGCUGAACGAGUUCAAAAGCACUGAGAUGGAGGUGCAUGCUUCAAGCAAGCACCUAACGAGGUUUCACAGACCAUAGAAGAGGGUUUUCUUCUGUGAAGAAAAAGUUAAAACAGACGUACAAUCCUGGAGAUGACGUCAUCCACAGGAUGUCCUUAUUCUUCCAGCGUCCUGGUCUUGACCAAAGGGCGGCGGUGUUUGGGUGCUGUUAAUGAUGGAGGCUAAGUCUCCAGAGCAGGGGCACAGCACCUUGAGGAGAGAACAGCAGCUGUGGACACCUCUGCUCUGGGGCUGAAGAAGUUACAGUCCUUACUAAGGAUUUGUUUUUCAAAUGGAGUUUUUAAAUAGCUGCUGAAAGACAUCAAGCCUUGUGCAUGUGAGAAGCUCCAUUUGAAGGAAGGAAGAAAGAAAAAAUGUCACUCAAGAAUGAGCCUAGGAAUUCUGAGUGAGUUUCAUAUCAAGUGUACAAAAUUAAGUCUGAACAGGGUUGUUUAUGUCAGUAUUUGGGGGUGGGGGCUGCUGGAAGUGAAACACUUUGUAAGCACUGUUUGUCUUCAGAAUACAUUUAUAAAUGCUCUUUGUCUUAUUUUCAGUAAUUAGUAUCUCUAUGGCUACAUUCACACUUUUUAAUUUGACCUGUACCCGCCAUUAGUCUGAACAGGUUCCUAAAGUUAUUCAGCUACACAAAAGAACAAUGCUUCGCGUGGCACGCUCAUCCAGAAGUAAAGAGUCAAAAUGAAGUCAACAGUCACUUGCCUAAAGUUAAUGCGCUUGUUAAUCUGCAGUGGAGACUGGCUGCAAAUUCAGAAACAAAUAUCCCACAAAGAACAAAUGAACAAAUUUGCUAAUCUCUUUGAGCACACUAAUUACAUUGCUAAGAACAUGCAAUGCCACAAACGUGUUCCUUUAGUUAUGAUUAGAUGCUGUUUACACUGCUGUCCAAAUGAUAAUUCUGCACCACACAUGGAGGAAAUUGGAUUUGGGCCACAUUUAACUGCUAGACGAUUACAGGGAGGGAGCAUUUCAGUGGCAGGAUAGCCAGACAUUUGAUGCAUGCUUCAUGUUUGUCUAUAGCAGCACUCAUCUAAUCAUAACUAUAGGAAAAUGCCUGUGGCAUUGCAUGUUGCUAUGAAUGUAAUUGAUACAAAGAGAUUAGCAAAUAAAUUACUGUUGUUGUUCAUUUGUUCUUUGUUUGCGGGAUAUUUGUUCCUGAAUUUGCAGCCAACCUCCACUGCAUAUUAACAUAAGCAUUAACUCUAGGCAAGUGGCUGUUACUGUGGACUAUUUAUCUCUGGAUGAGCAUGCCACGGGAAGCAUUGUUCUUUGACAUAUGCGGGUUACUUUACGAGCCUGACCUGUUCAGACUAAUAUAUAGUCCACAUUAAAAAGAUAUUGUGAACAGCCUAAAUAAAUAAAUAAAUAAUAAUAAUUUUUUUUUUUUUUAAAGAAAAAAACAAAAAAUCAGAUUUGGGCCACUUCUAUCUGUUGUGUGAAUGUGCCCUAAGGAAAAGAGGCAAAUUUUGCAUAUGAAAUUUAUGAAACACAAAAGAAAACACAAAUAUCUCCUUAAUUAUACAAAAAAAAAAAUUAGGUAUGUGAUUUGGGAUUUAGGUUUGCUAUAUAAAAUUGAUGAGAAUAUCUUCUGAAGUCACAGAACAUUCAGAAUAUACCCCCAUCCGCCCCCUACCCCGACUGACAGACGUUAUGGAGAGAAGUGUUAGAAUAUGCAUGCUUAACCCUGACAAAUUAUAAGAGCUAACUUUAAGACUUUUUUUUAAAACAACACUAGAAACAUUACAUAGGCCUAUAAUCAGCACCUAUUAAUUCUGGAAUCCCAAUAAUUUUAGAGCUAGAAAAAAUAUAAAUAAAAUCCCCUAAAACUGCAUUAAUUGGGUAACUGUUGUCUAAAAUACAGCUUUGCUCAUUUAACAGAUCUGGAAUAAUAAGGCCCUUUGAUUCUGAAUAAAAAACUAAGAUGGAGAUUGUCAAGGUUAAACCACUGAAAACCAUUUUGAUCUGCAGUGAAAAAAAGACAAAGAGGUUUGUGUUCCUGUGACACAUUACUGCUGUGAAUAUUAUGGCAUUUGUUAUGUUGAAUUACCAUUUUUAUUUUAUAACUGACCAGUAAACAUAUCUAUGGGGACUGAAUGUAAGGA